GGCAUCAGUCCUCAGUUGCAGUCUCCGGUGGGAAGUCGUGACAGUCGCCGGAAGCCGAUCCAGGCGAAAACACAACUUUUUUCCCCAGAUUAUACCCUCGAGAGAAGACAAUGGCUUUAGCUCGGAAACCAGGUACUCGUUUGGCCCCGGAGGUGAAUCGCAUCCUGUACGUUCGGAACCUGCCGUACAAAAUCACAGCUGAGGAAAUGUACGACAUAUUCGGGAAAUAUGGUGCGAUCAGACAAAUCAGAGUAGGGAACACGGCGGAAACCCGAGGCACGGGGUUCGUGGUGUACGAAGACAUCUUCGAUGCCAAAAACGCAUGUGAACAUCUCUCCGGCUUCAACAUGUGCAACAGAUAUCUCGUCGUUUUAUACUAUCAGCCGUCGAAAGCCUUCAAGAAAGUCGACGUGGAUAAGGGUGCGAGUGUCAUGCAAACAUAGGCCAUCAACUGUCUUCACCCUUAACAUGUAUCAAUAAACCCAUGUAAAUAUUCC